CCAUCUUCGCCGCUCUGCCUCUUCUGUCAACUUGCUGGAUUUUGCCUGUAGAUCUUCUAGUUUGUGCGACAUUAAAAACAAAUCAUCAUUGGCGAAAUCCAAAUCUUCUAGGUGCCUUUCCGCAGUCCAGCGUAUGCUCAUCUUCUCGCUCCUCACUGUUUGCUGCAUGAUCCAGUCCAGUCUUCCACAAUCAGGAAGAUCAUCGGUGAUAGUAGGCGGCAGCCUUGUCUUACUCCUGUCUGUUUUCACUUCAAAGGCGUCAAUGAGCUUCUCAUUGUGAAUUACUUGGCAUGUGGCGUUUCCAUAUAGUUGCUGAAUGAGACUGACAAAGGUUUGUGGUAUUCCGAAGUGUUGAAGCAAAUGUCUGCCAAACUGCUUCUCGGUUGACGCUGUCGAAGGCCUUCUCAAAGUCGAUAAAGUUGAGGUGUAGAGUUGACCGCCAUUCUAUACUCUGUUCUAUCAUGGUGCAAAGCGUUGCAAUUUGGUCCGCACAUGAUUUGUACUUCCUGAAUCCAGCCAGCCUGUUCCAGUCGUCGUUUUGAACUCAGAGCAUCCUUUAGCCUCUCCAAGAUGAUGCGGCUUAAUAUUUUGCUUGCUCCAGGUGGACAGGAGAGUGAUUCCGCGCCAGUUCUUGCAAAGUCUUAUGUCACUCUUCUUCCAAUCGCCAGGUACCUUCCAUUCCUUCCACACCUUCUGCAGUAGUGGUGAGAACAUGUCCACUGUUGUCUCUUCGUCUGUUCUCAGUGCUUCUGUUCGGAUUUCAUCUGGUUCUGCUGCUUUCCCGGAUUUCAGUAGCGUUUUGGCGUUCAGGACUUUGACAUCUGUUGGAGGAUUUAUGUUCGUUUGUAGUUCUAAGGCUGGGCUGCAGAUGGUAUUUCUGGACGAAGUGCAGGUGGUGGCCGAUUCAAAAGCUUCUGGAAGUGGUCAGUCCAUCGUUUUCUUUGUUUCCCUUCUUUAUUUAUUCAGUUUUCGUCGUCGUCUUUUAUUGGUUUCAUCUGCGUUGACCUCUUAUCAGAUAGCAACGUGGUUACUUGAUAUAAUGUUAUCAGGUCUGUCCCUCCUACCAACAGCCUGUUCUACUUCACUCGUCAGUGUGUCGUAGAAGUGUCUUUUGUCUUUCCGUGCACUCUUC